UAAAUGCUGAUACUGUGUUAUGUGUAUGAAAGUACCACUGUAGCAGAACUACAAGUCCCAGGAUCCUCUUUUUAGACGAGACAUGCUUCAAAGGCUUAAACUGCACCAGAAACAUUAACCCUCCACCGAUAAUCACUGGGAAACAAUGAGCCUUUCUGAAGCAGAUGUCACACCAAGAUAUACAAAGGGCCAGCAGAAAAAAACAAUUCUACAUAUAUAAUUCUAAAUUGGUUUUAAAAUGCAUGAAAAUAAGAUGUUAUACAAUUUACCUUUGCAAAUCUUGUUGAAAAGGUCUGCUUUUUAAUUUGGUUUUGUAUGUAUUUUUGCGUUUAUUCAAUUGUCUGGAUUGCCAAUGGAAUUCUUUGUUUAUUUCUACAUUUGUUUCAUGCAUGUGGGCAAUUAAUGUGAGUGUUCCUUUAAGGGUUUCCUCCUCCCGGUUAAUACGUUGACAUUAGCUGCACCUGAUGCAGAUAUAUAACACAGGUAUCAGUUAAACACCUGCCAGUCCUUGCAAAGUCUUUCAUUAGACAAGAGGAACCCGCCCACCUAUUUACCUGAAGGACACUCUCUACUGGGCAGCCUGGGCUCUCAUCCAAGCAGAGCAGUCAGCCAGAUACAGGGCUGAAUAAGUCAUUGCACCAGUACAGAAGAAAAAAGCAAGGGAGAAGGAGCCCCAGACAUACAAAGGACACAGAACCACACGCAACUCUGCAUCUGGAGACAAGGGUCAUAGACAAUCUAUUUCAACAGAUACUUCACUACAAAGAGCACCUUCCUGGCAGAGAGAUCAGGCUCAACAGAUUGCUAGAGAUCAACUAAAGACAGGCAUUUCUUAAGGAGACUGUUGAUAUAAGAGCUAUUUCUCUAAGGAUCUUAUUCUGGUCAACCUUCCCACCAUCCUUACUUGACAACAUGUCUAUGGGACUGGAGAUUCUAGGUGUGGCGCUAUCUAUCGUCGGUUGGCUAUUGUCUGUGAUAUGCUGUGCUCUACCUAUGUGGAGAGUCACUGCCUUCAUUGGAACCAGCAUUGUUGUGGCCCAGACCAUUUGGGAAGGGCUGUGGAUGAACUGUGUGGUGCAGAGCACAGGGCAAAUGCAAUGCAAAAUGUAUGACUCUCUAUUAGCUCUUCCUCAAGACCUCCAGGCAGCUCGAGCCCUGACUGUGAUCUCCAUUGUAAUUGCUGUGCUGGGAGUUCUUAUUUCCAUCAUUGGAGCCAAGUGUACAAAUUGCGUGCAGGAUGAGUCAGCCAAAGCCAAGAUAAUGAUUGUGUCUGGAGUUAUCUUUAUCCUUUCUGGGCUGAUGACCCUUAUCCCUGUGUCCUGGUCUGCAAACACUAUUAUCCGUGAUUUCUACAAUCCUUUAGUAGUGGAAGCACAAAAAAGAGAGCUUGGCUCCUCAAUGUACAUUGGAUGGGCAGCCUCUGCUCUUCUUAUGCUUGGAGGAGCAAUGCUCUGCUGUUCUUGCCCCCCAACAGAGAAGUACAAUACUUCAAGAGUGGCGUAUUCAGCUGCCAGGUCAACAAAUCCUGGUUAUGACAGAAAAAACUAUGUCUGAAAUGGACAUUCUGAGUCCUUAUAAAGGGCUGAAGGACUGCCAUGUAUUAGACCUGUGACAACCAAAAGGGAGCAAAAGGAAGAAGUAACCCCUCCAUAGACUAUCAUUUACAAUUAUUCCUCUAAGAACUGCAUUUGUUGCUAUAUGUUAUAUAUGUGUUAUAUAUUAUAUUAGAUUUGUUGCUCCUUUUGACUGCACAGUGUGCAUUUGUUGUGUUCGUGUUUGAAUGUGCACAGGUAUAUUGAUGUUUUCCAUUGCUGUGUCAUUUAUAGAAUAUUCCCAAACAGGGAGGGGCAUUUGGUGAUAGAGAUGAGGUGGCUGUACUUCUUUAACCAUUUCCAUAAAGGCAGCUAAUUCAUCUGUCUAAAUACAAAGCAAUAUAUAAAACUACUUUGUCCAAUUGUCAUCCAUGGAAAUCUUCUAGUGGAUACUGGCCUUUACAACUCCAUAACUACACAAUAUUGUUGACGAAUGCAAGUAAUAUAUUUGGUACACCUCAUCCACUGGCUGAAUUCAGCAUUUGAACCAGUUUUUGUCUCUAGAAGUAUUUGAUGAUCUACACUUUAUUCUUUUUUUCAGCUAUAGGAAUAGUACAUAAUUUUUUACAAUAAAAUAAGUUUACCUUCA